UAAACAAACAAUUCUCAAUUUUUCAUUGCAGUACACUCCCUGGAGCUUCGAGCAGCCAAGGUUCCUCUGCUUUCGGAAGCCACAUGCAGCCAACCGGAAGUGUAUGGUGUCAACAUAACCGAGGGAAUGUUCUGCGCCGGUAAGCUGGACGGCGGCGUGGACGCUUGCGAGGGCGAUUCCGGUGGACCGUUGGUGUGCGCCAGUAGCCGUGGUCACACACUAUACGGACUCAUUUCCUGGGGUAUGCAUUGCGGCUACGCAAACAAACCGGGAGUCUACGUCAAGGUGGCUCACUAUCUGGAUUGGAUCGAUCAAAAGCUGAAGCAAUCGCUACACUUGUACGGAGUGUAGUCGCCGAGUGCCUUCAUCUUAACGCCCAUACCAAAGUGAAAUACUCAGACUUAGGGAGUACUCUAUAUGUAGAAUUAAAAAACCACACGCAAAAUGUUACCGUUUUACAAGAAUAAAAUAACUUUUUCUACUAUUUUACACACAAUCCAAUAAGAUGUGGAGCUUCACAA